CUUAGGUUGAGUUCUGUAUACUAUGGGAUGGAUGAGGAAGAGAACAAAUAUGUGUCCCAGCUCAAGGAUGUGUAUGACAGCUGCGACACCACAGGCACUGGGUAUUUAGACAAAGAGGAACUGACAGAACUGUGCCACAAGCUACAUCUGGAAAGACAGCUCCCCUUACUCCUGGAAACGCUCUUGGUAAAUAAUCACUUUGCAAGGGUUAACUUUGAAGAGUUUAAGGAAGGUUUUGUGACUAUAUUGUCCUCGAGCAUCAAUCUUGGUCUUUCAGAUGAUGAGAGCAGCUACUUGGAGCCAGUUGUUCCAGAUGAAGUCAAGCCCAAGUACAUCAGUGGGGCCAAGUGGUAUGGCCGCCGGACAAGACCAGAACUCCAGGGAACUAAGUUGGAAACUCCCAAGUACUUACAGGAGCAGCAAGCGAAAGUAAACGUGAAAAGUCAGUUGAGACGAUCAGCAUCUUUGGAGAGUGUGGAGAGCUUAAAAUCAGAUGAAGAGGCUGAAAGUGCAAAAGAACAGCAGCAUGAGAUGUUUGAGGGUCAAGGUCGCAUGUGCACCUGGGAUGAUGACCUGUAUGACGGCCAUGGAAAAGUCAGAACCUCAUAUUUCGACAUGACUGAGAAUCAGGUUCGGGACAUCUGGGAAGACCUUGGCAUUGGGAAUAAUGGAUACCUUAACAAACAAGAGCUGGCUACUGUUUGUAAGAACAUUGGACUCAAGGAGCUGGAGAAAGAGGAUCUUGAAGAGUUAUUUAAUAAGUUGGAUAGCGAUGGAGAUGGCAGAGUAAGUUUAAAGGAAUUCCAGCUUGGCUUGUUCAGCCACAGCCCCAUUCUUUGUCCAGUUUCUUCAACACCACUCAAACCAAAAUGGCCAAGAUCACCAUCCCACCAGGUUUUCAAAGAGAGUGGCCAUCGAAGUGCAACUCCGUCUUUCUUAUCUGGUUCCGCGGCCUUGAAUCUUUUCUCCAGCAUUGAUGACGGCAAUGGCUUUGCAACUCCUGAGCAGGUUGUCUCCAUCUGGGCCCAGGAAGGGGUUGAAAACUGCAAGGAGAUUCUGAAGGGUCUGGAUUUCAACAUGGAAGAGAGAGUGAAUCUCUUGGAUCUGUCUAUGGCCCUUGAAGAUGAGCUAAUGGCUUCCAAGAGUGGACUUCAACAGGCAGCUUUUGCCUCCUUUAAACAUGAACUUCACCAUCUAGAAGCUCAGGUGGAGCAGAUUUCCACUGAGAGGGACAAAGCAAGAGCCGAACUGGAGAAGGUGGAAAAGCGGAACGUGCAGCUUUUUAAGGAGGUGGAUGAUAAUCACAGUGCUCUGGAGCACCACAAUGAGAGUAAACUCAAAGACCUUGAGCAAGACUACAGAGGAAAACUGACUGUUGUGAAGUCUGAAGCAGAGAUGGAAAGGGAACUGCUCUUACAACAAAUGAACCAUCAGAGAACCAAGUUAGAGGCAGACGUUAAGUCUCUUAAAGAGGAAGAGUGUAGCCUGAGAGAGAAGCUGACUUUGGUGGUCAAGGAAAACAGUCGCUUACAAAGUGAAGUGGUUGAAGUGAUUCAAAAGCUGUCGGAGUCUGAAAAACAAGUGUUGAAGCUUCAGAAGGAUCUUGAUUUCAUGUUGAAAGACAAGCUAGGACUGCUCGAUCCACAUAGCACAGAGCUCUUCGAUCAAGAAGAACACUUUGCUGAAAUAAUUAAAGAGUAUGAACUGCAAUGUCGGGAAUUGCGUGACAAGAAUGACGAGUUGCAAAUGGAGGUGGAAAAACUGCAUUCCCAUCUACAUGGAAGCAAGCACAACCUAGCACGGCAUAAGAUGAAGGCCAGCAGUCCUGGAGGAAGGCUCAUGCCUGAUAAUGUAAAAGCCAGAACUCUAGACAACAUCCAAAGAGAUGAUCAACUCCUUCUUGAAUACCAGCACUUACCAGUCAUGGGCCAAAAUGGUGCAAUUUUAUUUGAAAGUAAUCCAUAUUCAGUAAGUAUCGAAACAGAGCUUCUUGUAGAAGAACUGAAAGAACAAAGUCAAGAUCUGAAAAUACAGCUGGAAACCAAGGUCAAUUACUACGAAAGGGAAAUAGAGUUAAUGAAAAAGAACUUUGAGAAGGAAAGGAAGGACAUUGAACAGGGCUUCAAGAUCGAGAUAAGCGAAUUGGAGGAACAGAAGAGUGACUUGGAAGAGCUGAAUGUGAAACGCCAGGAGGUGAUUGAUGGCUUAAAAGACCAGCUUCAGAAACUAGGUCCUGCCCAAGAGCUCAAGAAGAGAUUCGAAGAGGAGAGGUCAGAAAUGGAGCAGUACUAUGCCAAAGAGAUUUCCAGCUUGGGACAGAGACUGGCCCAGGAAAGGGACAGAUUGGAAGAUGACAUGAAGAUGAAGCACGAGACUGAGAUGCAUCUCAUGAGAAUUGAACUCCACAGGAUUUCAGAAGACAACAUUCUCCUAAAAAAUAAACUUGGAAGAUUUCAACAAGAAGUAGAGGAUGUUGGUGAAGCAAACAAAAAGCACAGAAAACACAUUGAAGAAUUGAAGAAGGAAAAAGAGAAGGCUAUGUAUGAAACAGAAGAAUUAAAUCAACUGAAUCAUCACUACAAGGAGGAAAUCUUCCAGUUGAAUGCCAGGACUGAUCAGCUGAGCUGUGAACUUUGUGAACUAAGCAACAAUAAUAAGGCCAAUCGGAAUACAAUCAAUGUACUGAAUCGGAGGUUUGUUGAGCUGGAAACCCAAAAAGAACACGAAGCUGUGGUUGCCAAGCAACUUCAAGAGGCCACUGCUGAAUUGACAAAGGAGCAUCUUCAGCAGCAAUUGGCAUGGCAGGGAGAGAGGGCCCUGCUUGAGCAACAGCUAAAGGUCUCUAGAGAAAAGACCAACCAAUCUCAGGAGCUGGAAGCUGAACUGGAACAAUUGACCCAGGAGUGUCAGAUGCUACGACUAACAAAAGCACAACUGAGAGAGGAAGUGGAGGAAUGCCGGGAUCAGCUAUUGGAAGCCAAUACAAGGUUAAGCCUGGUAGAGUCUCAUCAUGCGGAAGAGUUGCAACAUUUAAAGAGCCAGAUGGACAAUUCUGUAUCUAAGGACUGCUGUGCUGAGCUAGAAAAGAGAUUGGCAGAAGAACAGGAAAUGGUUAGGCAGUUGCAAGGAAAACUCAACUUCCAGGCACAUCAGAUGAGAUGGCAAUUGGCCAUACAUCGGGAAGAGAAUGAGAACUCGCAUAGAUUAAUGGAGGAAAAAGUGGGGGAACUGGAGAUGAACGUGAAGAAUGCAGAAAUAUUGCUUCAAGAAAACACGGCCCACCUCAAGGAGCAGCUUGAAAAAAAUGCCAAGUCUAAUCUAUUGCUGAAAGACCUGUACGUGGAAAAUGCACAACUGAUGAAAACGCUGCAGGUGACAGAACAGAGGCAGAAAAGCACAGAAAACAGAAACUUAAUCCUGGAGGAAAAAAUCUCAUCCCUGAACAAAUUAAUUAGAGAAAUCACUCUGGCAUCUCAAUGAAUUAAUCUCCUUUUCAAUUAUGAUACUUUAAACUGGAAGGACAAUCGGUGGUAGACACAAUACUUCAUUCAGUGGCCAACUUUGCUAUACACAUUUCAAAUCCUGGACAAAUAAAUUACAUUCACUUCUCACUGAGAACUCAAAGUACAUAGUAUGUGAACCAUCCUCCAUCUCCUUCAUGUGGGGAAAGGGUUAAUGCUAGCUGUGUGGAGCCCCUAUACCAGAAGAUGUCACAACUAGCAGGAUGAAGUUUUCUCAGGGAGAAGCUUGAACAUGGCAGUGCAGACUACUGGUCAACAGCAGUAAACACCCAUCCAUCCAUUUUUCCAAUGGAAAAGUUAAAGUAAUGGCUUCUGGGUCAUUUUCUUAGAAGCAGACUUCUACUCUGUUUCUUAUUGGGUACUGGGUGAUAUUUAUUGUGAUUUGCAAUUUCCUUGCCUCCCCCAACCCCUUGUCUGUACACUGGCCUGAAUUGUGUAUAUAUGUACAGUUUUCUAUAAGUUUAUAAUAUUCAAUCCUUUAGUCACAUCCUGUAUCAUUUGGGCAGCUCUGCUGUAAAUCAAAAGAACUUGCUGUACUUUU